CAAUUUAAAAUAUAUAUAUUAUUUGUUUGGAUUAAAAAAAAAUUUAAAUAAAAUAAAAUAUUUUGCAAGUAAAAUAUAGAUAUACAUAUUGUUAUUUAUACACUAUCAGUUUUAUUAAUAAAUACAAAAAAUAAACUUUUUUUUUUUUUAUAAAAAACAAUGGAAGAUAAUAAAGAAGAGGUAGCUCUCCAAAUUUUAUUUAAUUUUAAGAAUAGCUGUGAGCAAACAUCAUCUAUAUUUGCCUCAACUAGUGCCCAAACUACUCCAAUUCUUGGUGGUCGUACUUUUAGAUCUUUAUCUUGUUCAUCCCCAUCUAUUGGUAUCCACGAUCCAACUUUUGAUUUUGUUCCAUCGUCACCAAAUAGAAGUUAUUUACCAUCAUUAAAUAAUUCUACUAGCGGGGUACCAAAUAAUAAUAACUGUAACACUAAUCGUCAUAAUAAUAAUACCAAUAGCAACAACAAUAAUAAUGAUAAUGAAUCACCAUUACCACCAAUUCCAACCAUUUUUUCUGGUUUAUCUAAAAACUCAUUAAUUCCAUCAUCACCACUUUCAUUUUCAAUUGGUGAAAGUAUAAAUAGUGCUAAUAGUACUAAUAACAACACAACCAAUGCAACAAGCUUAUUAGGUAGCUCCUCUGAAACUGCUUUCCAAUCACUAUCAUCAUCUCCAUCUCAUUCGGUUCCUUCAUCACCACCAACUUUUAAUAAAAAUAAAGUUCAAAAUCAAUAUCAAUUAUCGCCAUCAUCAAGUUAUACAAACUUGUUAUCAUCAUCACCAAGUGUUUCUCUUCAAAAUGCUUUUGUACAAAAUUGUAAUAUUAGUUCACCAAAUCUCAAUAAUUCAUUAUCUCCAAUCAGUUUAUCAAUUGGAAGUAACAACAACUCUGCUCUUUUCCAAAAUGUUCAUUGUGUAUUAAACGAUUGUCUUCUUUGUUCAAGAGGCCAGCCAGAGGUAUUAAUAAAAUCACCAACUUGGGCUAGUAUUAUGCGUGUUGUCUUUUUUACUCUUCAUAACGAAAUGAAAGAAAAAGAGUUCUUCUCUUUAAAGAGUGACGUCUAUGACUUUAUGACAGGCCACUGGGAUGUAUUAUGCCUCAAUAAAAAGAAAUCUGAUAACUGGCAUAAACAAAUUCAAGAUAUGCUUAGCCAUUCUAAGAAUAUCUUUGAAUCUGGUAUGGAUAAAUAUAAACAAAAUGGUUUCUGGAGAUUAAAACAAAAUACUGAUCCAUGGAUUCUCCCACAAAAAGGUACAAGAAAGAACUCUACAUCAGCUUCCUCAUCACCAUCAUUAAAUCUCACCCCAAUGUCACCAUCAGCCUCAAGCAAUAGUUUAAUUCCUGCUCUUACCUCACCAUUAAUGCUUUCUUCUCCAACAAAACAAAGACUUUUCUCUGAAGAAUUUAAUAUAAAUGGUAGAAAGAGAUCUCUUUCAGCUUUAGAGUUCCCACAUUCACAAUUAGCCUCUUCACCAAAUUUAGAAAGUGUUCAAAUGGAUCUCGAGGUACGUAAAAAGAGAAAUUCCUCUUCAGAAUACUCUAGUGUAAAUAAUAGUCCAAAAUUAAAUUUGGUUGUUCUUGGUUCUUCAACUGGUAAAUUGACUCCAUCAUCUCCUAUAUUAUCAAACUCUUCAUCAAAAGUUAGAUCUCAUUCUGUAACUACCACCAUCACACCAUUAUCAAGAUCGGUAACUUCUUUUAAAGCCAUUAGCGAUGAAGAUGAUGAUGAAUUAUAUAUUGAUGAUGAAUAAUCAUUUGUCUAUAAUUUCAAUAAUAAUAUAUAAUCCAUUUUUUCAUUCAUUUUUAAAUAAUCAGUCCUUUUCCUUUAUAUGAUCGAAAUUAAUACUAUAAAAUAAUAUAUAAAUGUGUUUUUUUUUUUUCUAAUCUUUUUUCCUCUUCCUAUAUAAAUAAUAAAUAUUGUGUAUAAAUUUUGUAAUAAUAAAAAAGUAAAUAAUAACAAUCAAACUAUAUAAACCAAAAAAAAAAAAAAAAAAACUUAGAAAAUUAAAAAAAAAAUAAUAAUAAUAAAACAAAUAUUAAAAAAAUAAAUAAAAUAAAAAUAAUAUAUUUAACCUUUGAGGGUAUAAUAUAUUUAAUAUUUCU